UUCAUUUAUUCACUGGAGGUAUCCACUUAUAAAAAGAUUUCUGUUUUUCUUUACCAAUCAGAAACCAACCAAGGAAAGAAUCAUCUUCACCAUUUAGACUCAAGACUCCAUCCAUGAAGCGUUUCAUAAUUAAUUGUUUAUUGAUGGCUCUGGUCGCCAUAGCCGGCCUCCAAGUUUCCCAUGCCGUAAGCAUCCGGGGACGACAUGCAGCUGAAGAUAACAAUAAGGUCAUCAAGAUCGUUACUGGCAGUUCAGAUAUAGCUCAAAAUCUUGGAGCUGAUGGGGAUAAGGAUUCGGUAUCUGAGAUAGUUCUUAAGUUAGUAAAAGAGCAUUUUGAAGAACGUCUGGAAGAACUUGAUUGGACGACUGAUGACAUUACCCUAGAGACACAUUUUGGAUUCCUUGAAGCUGAGAAUGACGAUCUCAUAGACCUUACAGUAACGCUUCGGGACAUAUUUGAGAAAGCACUUGGAAUCGACCUUUUUGAUGAGUUUGAUAAAAUCGACUUAUCUAAAGUCAUUACGGUUGGCGAUCUUAUUUCAGCGGUCAAAUCUGCACUACCAAAAAAACCUAAAGCUAAUUAGCAGAAGUAUUGAAACCGACAUGCAAGUAAAUUGGACCUUUUGCACUUAUUUUGUUUUUUCCUUAUUAAGAUUGACGUUGUAAACCCAUUUAAUAUGCUUUAUUAUUGCAAUUUAACUACCAAGGAAUUGCAAUUUGAGCCUAGAAUAAGGAGUUUGAUGUAUGUUUGUGUAAAACUAUCAUAAUAUGGUAUCAUAUCGUUGAAUUGAAUGUUUAGUAUGUUGAAGAUGGA